AUGCCAAAUAUUCAGGCUUUUGGAUCCUCUGCAGAAGUUUUCGAAUCGAUCCCGUAUGCUGCUGCACCGUACGGCGAUCUGAGGUUUGAGCCGCCCGUCCCGCCGGUUCCAUGGAGCUACCCGCUCGAUGUGCGAUACGAGACGUCCUGCCAUCAAUACUCUCUCAACCAAGAGCUUACCGAUCCGAGUUUUCAAAUCUACGGCUCGGAUGAUUGCUUGAGGUUGAAGCUCGUGGUACCGCUGGAUUACUGGACCAGACAGCGCUACAGUGAACGGCUCCCGAUAAUCUUUUGGAUCCAUGGCGGUUCUUACCGGGCUGGCGGUAAGGUAUGGUACAAAACACCUGGGAUCAUUCGCAACUUCUCGGCCAAAAAGAUGAUUUUCGUGGCUCCGGAUUAUCGACAGGGGUUUGACGGCUUCCUGACCCUCCUCGAUCCAGAAAUACCCGGAAAUCUUGGACUUGAAGACAUUCUACAAGCCCUGAAAUUUGUUAGGGACAACGCCUACAACUUUGGCGGCGAUCCAAACAAUAUCAUUUUGGCUGGGGAGGGCACAGGAGCCGCACUAGCUGGUCUCCUUGCUGCGAGUCCAAAAACGAACGGGCUGAUCCAAGGAAUUAUGAUGUUUUCCGGAACUGCGACGGCUCCAUGGGGUGUUAGGAAUGAGAUGACGCGCGCCAACACCAUCAAAGUGCUGAAGAACUGUAAUUGCUUCUUCGAGUCGUCAAAACGCAUUAAAGAAUGCCUGAAAUACACAAAUCCGUCGUGCUAUCAUGACGACUUGCGGAAUCGCGACUUUUUCGACUACUAUGAUGACGUUAGAUUCCAGAACAUCUACGAGGCCCAUCGGAUGGGGUUGAGCCCGUUCACCCCGGUGAUGGACAGCUUCCGGUACUGGGACGCGAUCAUUAACGAGGACCCGGAGGACUUGGUCAGAAAAAACGCUCGCGUAAAAGCCCUGCUCAGCAAUGCGGCUCACGAGCGGUUGUUCAACUGUAAAAAAAUUGCGACGAUGCCGAUAUCGCUAAAAGAAUGGUGUGAAGCGAUCAUCGAAGCCAGGUUCAAGAAUUCCAGCGCCGUGCGGGAUAUUUUUAAUGUUUGGUACAAACCGACAAAUCCGGAGUAUGAGUUAAAUGUGGGGACGAGAACGUCGAGAUUACUUACUUUUACUGAAGACGACUGGGUAGCCGACACGCAGCACGAAGGACUGUACUACGCAGACCAUGGCCUACCUACCUACCUAUUGCUGAACAAUAUUUAUGGCCAUCCGACAGCUGGCGCCAAUGGAAAAUGGGGCACCGACCACGGAACCGAUAUGGCUAUGCUCUUCGAGUCGAGGGCGUUUUUUGCGCCGUUUGGGGAGUAUACAGCGGAAGAACUCAGCUACGGACGCGCCUUCGCCGAUCACCUGUCCGAUUUGAUAGCUGAAUUUGUGAAAACCGGUCGACUACGCAUCCACCCGCGAUUCACGCGAACAAAUUGGGCGGUCCUCCGCGUAACCUUUGACAAAGUGCAACAUCGACAGUAUUCUGCGGAAAACUACAAUUUUUGGCGACAAGACGCCCCAGAACUUGCAAAACUCGAGUCGAACGAGCUGCGAAGAAUGCGGGAUAUGCCU